UGUUAAUUCGUUCAUGGAUGCAGGUGUAUUUUCAUACCGAGUGGUACAAACUAUUUAGAACUCCGUCCACUUUGCUUACAAACCAUUCACUGCCGUCUACUAUUUUCGCAUUUGCAGUUGCAAUUUCGACAGCUUCUCUAUUUUCUUUUUCCUCGUUCUCGCAUAUUAUUAUACGUUACUCUUCCAAUAAUAUAGACACAAAAUGUAUAGAUCUGCCUUGCGAUCCUCGCCUCGGGUCGCAAAUGCUUUACGACAAACCACGCCCGUCGCCAGUGGUUGCCGAUUUGCCUCGACUACUCCAGCAAGCAAGAAGCGAGGUUGGAAGAGCUGGACUGCAAGAUGGGGUCUGGCCGCAGGUGCUCUAUACUUGUAUAGUACAAGUGCCGUCUUUGCAGAAGAGCCAUCACCUAAGACGAUACCACCGCCUCCUCAAUUCUCCGAUAAUGACCUCCCCACGGUAGAAGCUGUGGUCGCCCAGAAACGCCGAGAAGCAGAAGAGCGAGUGAAGAGAGCUUCGUUGGCCUCUGAACCCCCAACAGCUACGUCAUCGUCCGAAACCUCCUCUUCAGCACCAGUCAAAGAUGUCGAUACUGUGGCUUCUCCCCUCAUCCCAGAGGGAAGUCCCGAAUCUCUGGAAGAGGAGGCCAAUCAACAAGGUGCAUUCAAUCCCGAGACGGGCGAGAUCAAUUGGGACUGCCCUUGCUUAGGAGGAAUGGCGCAUGGCCCUUGCGGCGAAGAGUUCAAGGCUGCUUUCAGCUGCUUCGUCUAUUCGAAUGAGGAGCCGAAGGGCAUGGACUGUAUCGACAGGUUCCAACACAUGCAAGAUUGCUUCAGGCUUCACCCUGAGGUAUACGGAGAUGAAUUAGCCGACGACGAGGUUUCUGCGGAGGGCUCUCCAGAUUCAGCUACUGAUGGGGCAAUUGCAGCCAGGGAGACUAGUCCUGAGAGUAGUGUUGCAUCAAGACCAGAGCCUACUGCAAUUCCUGCUGAAUACCCCACGUCAGCUAAUGCGGAUGCUACAGAAGAUGCAAAGGAGACUAAGAGCCAAAAGCAGAAGCAGAAGCAGAACCAAUCCUCAACAUAGUCUUGAACCUUUGGAUUGAGGGG